AUGGAUGACACCGAGCGACGCUCCGCCAAGCGCUCGCGCUUCGACCAAACCGAGCCAGAGCCGCGUAAGGCUUCGCGAUUCGACCGACGCUCCAGAUCGCCGCCGGGAAGACGCUCAGAGCCGGCGAGAGACCGUAGCCCUCUACCCAGUGAUCAGGCGACAGAACCGAAGAAGUCGCCCGUGGAUGCCGCCGCUGCGGCUGCUGCCGCUGCCGCGCGAAUCAAUGCGCAACUCCAAGCGAAGAAGGGCAUUCAGCACGUCGAUGUCCCCCCGAUCAAGACCGCCACUCCUCCUGCCGGGGGCGCCCAAUCGCCUGAUCCGGCCAACACGAUCAAUGGAGAGAUGUACAUCGCCGACGGCGACUUUAUCAAAGACAUUGAAGUGAACGACCUUCGUAACCGAUACCUCUUGACCAAGGGGUCGACUCAGAAGAUGAUCAAAGAAGAAACUGGUGCUGAUGUUACUACCCGAGGAAACUACUAUCCCGACAAGAGCAUGGCGACUGCGGCGAACCCGCCGUUGUACUUGCACGUCACCAGUACAUCGAAGACAGGCCUUGAGCAAGCCGUGGCAAAGAUUGAGGAACUCAUGAAACAGGAACUUCCUGCGCUGGUAGACGAGCGUCGUUUCCGCCGACGUGACCAGGAGCAGGUUGAGAGAGACGAAUAUGGCCGACGCAAAUGGCCCGAGGAGAAGAUCCCGAUUGGUUUGGAGUCAGUCCCUGGGUUCAACCUCCGUGCCCAAGUUGUUGGCCAUGGCGGUGCCUACGUCAAGCACAUCCAGCAAGAGACUCAGUGCCGCGUUCAAAUCAAAGGACGUGGUUCUGGAUAUCUGGAAGCAGCCACCAAUCGCGAGAGCGACGAGGAUAUGUACCUUCACGUCGCCGGCCCUGAUCCUAAAAUGGUCGAGAAGGCCAAGGAGCUUUGCGAAGAUCUGAUUGCGAAUGUUAAAGAGCAGUACGAGGAGUUCAAGAGUAGACCUCCUCGUAGUUACGGUGACCGCGGUGGCUAUGGCGACCGUUCCCGGGGCCACGAUGGUGGUCAUGGUGGAUAUGGAGGCCACGGCCACGGCGGUGAUCGCGGCGACCGCGGCGACCGUGGCGGCUACAACUCCGGAUACGGAGGCCACGGCGGUCAUGGUGGCCACGGCGGCUAUGGCGGUCAAAACUCCGCGCAGUCAGCAAGCCCUGCUCCUCCCGGCGGUUCUAACAGCCCUGCCGCCGGAGCCGACUACGCCGCCCAGUACGCGCAGUAUUAUGGCGGUCAGGACCCCUACGCCGCGUAUGGCGGCUAUGCUGCCUACGUCCAAAUGUAUCAGCAGUACUAUGCUGCUGCGCAAGCACAGCAGCAAGGUUCGCCCGCGCCUCCAGGUGCAUCGGCAUCCCCUCCGCCUCCGCCUCCCAGCGAGGCCGCUCCUCCCCCACCUCCUCCGAGCUCUGCUCCCCCUCCCCCUCCCUCGGGCGCGCCUCCGGGUACCGGAGGAUACGGUGCUUUACCACCCCCUCCCGGCCUCUAG